AUGUCUUCCACUAAGUCUCUCCAAUCUGACAAUCUCUCUGCUAAUUGUCAAAGCUCUCCCCACAAGGCCAAGCGUGAUAAUUCGCGAUUUGCUACCGGCGGCCAAACUCUGCACGACCAACGACGGCAUCUUCGUGAAGAAAUGCGCGGGAAAUUUAUCGUGAUGCCCGUGGACAAAUUUAUGGACGCGUUCACCCCUGAAUCUGAAGCGAUGGUGGAGAAACCAUUCAAGCCGAAUUUCAAGAAGGUGUUCAAGGACAUGGAGAACGUACUCGAAGGUACAGUACGAGAAGAGCAGAUGUAUGAACCUCUGGUCAAAUGCGUCCAAAAUUACAAGCUUUGCACAGGAUAUGUCCUCAAGUUGGUGCAGAACAAGCCCGACAAGGCGGACCCCUCGAGGCAGAAGGUUGAUGCUGCGCUGUUUCUGCCUGAGAACGCCAAGCAGAGAAAGUCCUUUGACGAUAGUAGGCCACAUUGGUCACUUCAGCGGCUUUCGAUUGAGUUCAAGAAGCAUAGAACGGAGGAUGAUCCUUUCGAAGAUCCAAAGACGAAGGCCGAGGAUGAAGAUGACCUGCACCACGAUGCUGAGCAGGGCGACGAGGUCCAAGUAGAUGACGUGCACGACGCGAAUGACGACGACGUGGGCGAUAUGGACAAUGUCUUCCUGGAUGAAGACGAGACAUACGGAGACGGUGACCCGACAAUGGGAGACGGUGAAGACAGCGAGGAAGAGAAUUCCCUUCAGAUGGCUUCUGAAAAAUCAUCCAGAGAGGUCUUCGAGACAGCUUAUGAGCCGCCCGCUGACCGACGAGCUGCGGCUCGAGGGCAGAUCAUCUCCUACGCCAAAAUGCUCUUCUCACGGCAACAUCGCUGCUUCGCAUUCACGAUUCUCAUCCUCCGCGAUCUCGCACGAAUUAUUCGCUGGGACAGGGCCGGUACUGUUAUCACGAACAAAUUCAAGUACACGAACACCGAGUAUCUUGGCAAGUUCCUGUGGCGAUUCUGUAAUAUGACUGAUAAACAGCAAGGAUACGAUACGACGGUCGUUGCUGUGAAACCCGGAUCGGCAGACUACAAGCUCAUGGAGCAGCUGGCCAAGAAUCCGCCAAAAGGUGCUGGCUCCGAGUAUGCGAGGCAAUCAUUCGCCAAGUCCGUGCCCAACCUCUCGAAGGAGAAUCCUGAUGACUGGUCGUGUUGGAAACUGACUGUACAUCCGGAAAAGGGAAAGGGGACCGACGGCUCAGACUCUCGACCUGCAGGGAGGAAUGUCCGCAAAAAGCCACGUUUUCGACAUUUUUUGGUCGGAAAGCCUCAUUUUCAGGCGUCAGGUAUGACAGGCCGCACUACACGAGGGUACAUUGCGUACGACUGCCAGGAUAAGAAAUUCGUCUUCCUCAAGGAUGUGUGGCGCGUAGACCUGCCAGACAUCGAGAAGGAGGGAUACAUCCUCCAGUCCCUCAAUGAUGCAGAAGUCGCAAACGUCCCGACUCUGGUUUGCCACGGGGACGUUCUAGACGUUGAAAACGUUGGAAACACUGUACAUGUUGAACGACAACGGACGAAGACAGACACCUACUGGCGCGAGUUCUAUAGUGGACAGAUGAACCCGAUCAAGACCCACACACAUUAUCGGCUUGUAGUCGAAGAAGUCUGUCGUCCACUAAGCGAUUUUAAAAAUGCUUUGGAGCUGGUGAGGAUUAUCUCAGAUUGUAUAUAUGCUCAUCAUCAGGCCAUGGUGAGAGCUAGAAUCAUGCAUCGAGAUGUCAGUGCAGGGAAUAUCCUCAUGAAUGAAAUGCUACUGCCAUCGAAUGGUGAUGUACCCUGGAGGGUUGGGAUGUUAUGUGACUGGGAGCUGUCCAAAUUGAUUGAUGAUGAAGAUGGUGAAGUCGACGAUACAGAGGGGAUCCAGAAGGCAAGGCAACCUGACCGUACUGGAACAUGGCAGUUCAUGUCGGCCAUCUUGCUGGACGUGCCCGCUAGAGCCGUCGAAGUUGCGGAUGAGCUUGAGGCAUUCUUCAAUGUCUUCUUGUUCUAUCUCGUCAGGUUCAUGAACAGUUCCCUCAAGAACCCAGCAUACUUCAUGUCUCAGUACUUUGAUGAGUGCACCGUCAGUGACGGAGCGACUCAUUAUACCUGCGGUAUCGCCAAGCGGAAUGCAAUGCAAUCCGGAAAACUGCAGACAACCCUCGACAAAACAGUCAGAUUCGAGUACGGUGAUAAGAAGACACAUCCAUGUAAUGCGCUCAUCCACCAGCUCUUGAAAUGGUUCAAGGCACGAUAUGCGGAAUUCUCUCCUGAGGACUGGCCACAAGGAGCCGUGCAAAAUGGACCUGUCACCGACGAACCGCAGCAACCGAAUGAUGGAAUAGAGAAUGAUGAAUUCUCUGCUGACACGGAGAUGUCCAUUAGAGACCACUUGCGCAGACAGGUUAUGGCGCGGUCCCUUGCAACAGGCAUGUCUGUCGAAACCUUUAAAGAAGAUCCACAAAUCGAGGGAAAAGCGCGAGAGGAGCAAAAGGCGCUGGCUAACAACUUGAACUCUCAGGUUCCGAUGUACAGGUUGCUCGAAGAGGCUUAUAAUCAGCACGUGGAUGAGUGGCCGAAGCAUGACAAGGUACUCGACCGAGUCCCCUCGAACUACAACUACGCGCACUACAAAGAGAAGGGCCUCGAGCUUCCUGCGGUGCCAACUGCACCUUCUGGCUCGAAACGUCGUCUUGAAGCAGAUAUGCAGGGCGCUCGUCAGAGCAAGCGUUCCAGAGUUGGCUGA